CAUGGGUCCUUACAAAAAAUGAACAUAGGGGUUGUUGGUUAACAUCCUCGCCGACAUGCUCAGCGGUGCUCAGCUGGUGCUCAGCUGCUCGGCCGUGUUCAGCCGUGUUCAGCCGUGUUCAGCCGGUGCUCGGUGCUCAGCUUCUCAGCCUUCAGCCGGUGCACGGCCCUCAGUGUGCUCAGCCGUGUGCUCAGCCGUGCUCAGCUGCUCGGCUCAGCCGGCAUUACGCAGCCCGAGGGAGAGCGAUGUGUGUAUAUUUACAUGUUUGGGCCGUUGCUCGUUUGGGCUUAUCUUGUCGUUUCCCAGCGCAGGCUGUUGCUCUCAGGUGUUCAAGGGUGAGGUAACGAGGAUCAUCCUGUACUGCUACAAGAACCGCAUCACGCCCACCGUCAAGAUGCUGCAGAGUAAGCUUCGCGAGUGUCAGCGCUUUUCGGAGGAGCAAAUCAGUGCAAUUCUUCAAGUGUGUGCUCGAGAUGCACCAAUGCUCUACCACAUUCAGCCUCCCAUGCGCGGCGAGCAACCUGUCAUCGUCCUUGCCAAAAGCCCAAUCUGGUUUCAAGGCUUUGUCAACCAAGAGGAAGAGCAACAGCCGCAGAACACAAAUGAUGACGCCGUUGACAAGGCUCUUCUGGGCCCUCAGGGCUUCCAGGACCCGGAGGUCGUGAAGGUGUUCCAGCAGAUGCUGCAGGAUGAGAAUUUGUUGCUGCCGCGCCAGGUCUCCGAAGCUGCGUCGAAGUUGCAGCAGAAAGUGCAGCCUUUCUGGCACGUUUCGACCCUGGAGCUGGAGCUUAUGUUGCGCGACGCUAUGAGCAAGAAGCUUCUCAAGUCUUGGGCUGAUGGAAUGCGCCCUGUCAUUCAUCGAAAGACGAAUGCGAAACCUAUGCCUAUCGGCCCGCUGGCCCCGGGUGCCUGCAAUGCAAACAACAUUGGACUUGUGCGCGCAGAGGCUUCCAUCAAUGGCAGCCAGGCUGAAUCUGAGCUUUCUACGGAGAACGAUAAGGACAACGAGGCUCGAAAGGAUGUGACAGACUUGCUCACGGAGCUGGUGUUGGCGUUUCCUAGUGGCCUGCGCUUCUCAACGCUCAAGGAGCAUUUGCGGACUUGCAAUGAUGGACUCUUCAGUGAGACGUCCUUUACUUGCCCAGCUGCCAAGAAUUGGACGGAGAAGGUGAAUGGUCUCAGCAGUAUGUUUGCAGGUACACCCCCGGGGCUGUCGAAAGCCGGAAAGGGAGUCAUCGGCCCGUCGCGUAUUCGUGCUCCAGGUCCACGGUCAUCGGAGUGAGGCUGCGCAUGUGGAAGGACUCGCAGGUGUCGCCUUGCUGGAAGGCGUGCAGUCUUUUGCGCCUGGUGUUUUUUGUUGGACAAGAACUCUCAGGAAGGGCAGGUCUAUUUAGUACCGAGUCAACAAAAAGUAGGAGAACGACGUUGCUUGUCUCCUGUUGUGUGCCAGCAGUGUGGCGAGUUGCUCUACUGUCGCUUGCAAACCUGAGGGCAGUUGUAGGUCACGAUAGGUCACGUUUGCUUACAUUCGCUGCUUGGUAUUGAUGUUUAGGGGUGGAGGAUCAAUGCGAUCCCUUUACCUCGGCAAUUCAAGGCUGUCGCGUUGAGAAGCGCGCCGAUUUUAAAGGGGGAAUCUGAGGACAUGUUGAUGGGUUCUUGGACAGGGCA